AUGGCGGGCAAGAAGAAGGCGCGCGGCCAUCGAGGAGGAGGCGGUCGCGCGGGGGCCGGGCGGCAUCGGCGGGACGAGGAGGAGGAGGAUGAGGAGCUGCGCGCGCAGCAGCUCGACGAGCUCACAGCCAUGUACGCCCCGCCCUCCCACGCCCCGCCUCCCCGCCAUGUACGCCCCGCCUCCCCGCCAUGUACGCCCCGCCUUCCCGCCAUGUACGCCCCGCCCUCCCCGCCAUGGACGCCCUACCUCCCCGCUGUGAACGGACCAUUGUACCUCUCUGCUGUCACACCUCUGACCUGUGCUCCCUUCAAUGCUCUCUGCGCGUGCUCCCGCCCAUCCACUUUACUGCCUCGCUGCCGCGUCCUCCCCUGCCUGGGCAGUUCCGCCAUCUUCGCGGACGACUUUGAGCUGCGCGCGGAGAGGCCGCUGGUGGAGUACGCGCUGCUGCUGCGCCCGCACUACUCCUUCGCCGCGCACGCCAACCUCGACGCCGUCUCCCUCCACCUCGUCGUCAGGCAAGCCCGCUCCCAGGCAAGCCCGCUCCCAGGCAAGGUCGCGCGGGAGAUGGCCGCGUCCACCCUUUCAUUCCCUCCCCUUCCCCUGCCCGCGCCCCUCGUGCAGGUACGUGGCGGGAUAUCCGAGGCGGCCGUUGAAGGUGCGAGUGGAGGCGCGGGAGGGGUUGGAGCAGGACGACGUGGUGGAGCUGGUGGCGCUGCUGCACGACCAGGCAGCGCGGGCGGCACGGGAGGGGCGGGUGACGGUGUUCAACCUCGCCGAGACAGCGCAGGAGUUUCUCUCUCGCCGCCUCUCAGCACUGUCGCCCACCACACACCACCCUCUUGCUCCCACCCAGGUGGAGCAGCUGGUGGGGCAUCAGAGGAGCACAGCCAGCACAGCGAGGCACAGGGAGCAGGGGGCGGGCGCACACAGCAGGAGGGUGGUGGUGAUGGAGAGGAUGAGGAGGCGGAGGAGGACGAGCAGAGUGAGGAGGAGGAGGAGGAGGACGAUGAGGAGGAGGAGGAAGAGAGUGAAGGGAGAAGUUUCUCAACGGAUGGAGGGACGGCAGUGGGUGCAGAUGGGAGGGAUGCAGCGCACGGAGCCACUGCAGCUGCAGCUGCGGUGCUGGCCUCGGCCUCAGCAUCGGCCUCAGGAGCACAGCACCAUGGGUCGCGCGACAUGUACACGGGCAUGAUCCAGCGCGACCUGCUCCUCGCUCACCUGCUGCGCAUGGUCACCAGCCACAACGGCCCUCUGCCCCACGCCCUGCCUGCCCUCGCCUCUCAGCUGCACGCUCUUGAGGUGAUACCGCAGUGGCUGGCGGAUCUACUGCACCACGACCCCCGCCUCGUCGACCGCGCCUUUCACCGUGUCUUCAGCAAGCCUGCCCGCCGCCUCACUGCACACGCCCAUGCAGACCCAUCCGUGCAGCGGGCGCUGCAGCGGUUCUGGUCGGCCAGUGCGGAGGGGCAGGGCAGCGCUGCAGAUGCAGCGCAAGCGUUGGGGUCGCGCUACCUCUCAGACUUUGAGGAGGUCGCCAUGCUGGGAAAGGGCGGGUUUGGGUCGGUGGUGCUGUGUGUGAACAAGCUGGACGGGCGCAAGUACGCCAUCAAGAGGAUUCCCCUCAGGGGCAAGAGCCCCGCCCUCAACUCCAAGAUCCUCAGGGAGGUGGCGACGCUGUCACGGCUGCAGCACCAGCACGUGGUGCGCUACUACCAGGCCUGGUUCGAGACCGAUCUCACCCACUCCCACAGCGUGCCGGGGGGAGGAACGGCAGGAAAGGGGGACGCUGCGGCAGGUGUUGGAGGCGCGGGGGGGGACGAGGUGGAUGGCGCGUGGGCAUGGAGGGUGUUUCGGCAGGUGGUGGAGGGGCUGCUGCACGUGCACGGGCAGGGCAUCAUUCACCGCGACCUCACGCCCACCAACCUCUUUGUUGACCCGCGUGGGGACAUCAAGAUCGGCGACUUCGGCCUCGGUAUCACAACACAACACGCCUGCGCGCCCACCUCACCUGCGCGCCCACCUCACCUGCGUCCCCUGCAUGCUGCGUCAUCUGCAUCUUUACUCAGUUUAUUAGGGGGGCCAUGGGGGAGAGACGGCAGUCAGCGACGGGGCAGGUGGGGACGUACUUCUACACGGCACCCGAGGUGGAGCAGGGUGGGCGCACGUGGACGACAAGGCAAGUGCACGCAGCAUCCGCACCCCUCUCACCCCGCACACCCUGUCAUCUCGUACCCCUCUCACCCCGCACACCCUGUCAUCUCGUUCCCCUCUCACCCCGCACACCCUGUCAUCUCGUACCCCUCUCACCCCGCGCACCCUGUCAUCUCGUACCCCUCUCACCCCGCGCACCCUGUCAUCUCGUACCCCUCUCCUGUACGCCUGUCAUCUCGUACCUCUCUCCUGUACGCCUGUCCAUUGCCUCACGCUUGCUGUGCGCAUGCAGAUGCCGUGGCAUGGCAUGUAACUGACAUCCCCUGUGAGGUGGGAGGGGUGGGCACUGGGCAGGUGGACAUGUGGAGUGUGGGCGUGGUGCUGCUGGAGUGUUGGCACCCCUUCCACACCGCCAUGGAGCGCGCUCACACGCUCUCAGCCCUCAAGCUGCACCGCACCAUUCCACACGAGUGGGCGCUCAAGCACCCCCAGGUGGCAGAGCUGGUGAGGCGGCUGCUGAGUCCACUGCCCAGUGACCGCCCAUCAGCAGCGGAGGUGUUGCGCUCUGACCUCAUGCCGCCGCGCAUGGAGGAUGAGGCUCUCAACGGCAUCCUGAGGGCCAUGCAGGCGCCGGGAGACGACUCCUCCUCGUCGGCCGUGUACGACCGCGUGCUCGCCGCCAUCUUCGCCCGCCUCCCCGCCUCCCCUCCCUCCUCCGCGCCCACCCCGCCAUCUGUGCGCGCGCUGCAUGGGGGUGGGGGGGAGGAGGAGGAGUGGGAGCGGGGGGCGGUGCAGUGGACGGGGGCGAGGGAGGCGUUCGUGGCGGGCGUGCAGCGCAUCUUCCAGCGCCAUGGCGCCCUGCGCUCCGACACUCACAUCGUUGACUUUGCCCAUCCCGACCGCCGCACCCACGAGCUGGCAGUGCGAGUGGUGGACGCACAGGGCUCGCUGCUCUCACUGCGCUACGACACCCGACUCACCUUCGCUCGCUGGGUGGCCGCCACACAGACCUUGUCUCUGAAGCGCUUCCAGUUCUCCUCUGUGUUCCGCCGCGCUCCCGGUCGCCGCCCCCCUCAAGAUUAUCUGCAGGACAGCUCCAACUUACCCUCUCUCCGCACUGCCUCUCUCCGCACUGCCUCUCUCCGCACUGCCUCUCUCCGCACUGCCUCUCUCCGCACUGCCUCUCUCCGCACUGCCUCUCUCCGCACUGCUGCCUCACGCCCUGCUGCCUCACGCCCUGCUGCCUCACGCCCUGCUGCCUCACGCCCUGCUGCCUCACGCCCUGCUGCCUCACGCCCUGCUGCCUCACGCCCUGCUGCCUCGCGCCCUGCUGCAUGCAGGUCGCCAGUGUCGCUCAGUUGCUGGCGCUGCUGGGCGGCUCCCCCCCAACAGCCCCCUCCCGCAAGGCUGCCUGGCCUCUUGUUCGCCGCCAGCUGCUGCAGGGAUUGGGGCUGGGUGAGGCGGUGGUGGAUCGCCUGCAGGCGGUGGAGAAGCGCUUCAGUGGGCCGGCAGACGAUGCCAUGGCGCGCCUCACAGGGGCGCUGCCACCAGGCCCACUGGUGGCGGCAGCGCUGGAGGAGCUGGGCGAGCUGCUGGCGCUGCUGCGAGUGUGGGGCAUCCACCCCGCGUGCACCACCAUCGACGCCCUCAUGGCGCCCUCCCACCACUACUUCUCCAAAUGCUUCUUCCAG